CUUUACAAAUACUAUAUUAUUAUGUUCGUAGGAAACUGGCAAUGGAAACUGUCACUGCUAAGAAAGCUACUCCAGUAGCAGCGGCUGCUGCUGGUAAAGUUUACAAGGUCGGAAGCCGCGUCGGGCGUGGCGUGCCCGACAUCGCUGACGCGUAUACGAAGAAAUGCUCCUGCGAGAGAGAUAAGGCCAUCGUUUUUUGCAGAGCAUGCGGCUAUUACUGCAACGGUCGCAUUCGGCUGAAGUGCGAACAGCAUCCAAGAGUAACCUUCUUGUUAGAUAUUUCUGAGUGCCCGCGGUGCCAUGGCUCAGCAUUCCUGGAUGAAUAUAAUAAAGUUUAAUGGCUAAAUUUUAAAGUGUUCAAGCUACUGACUGUUAAGUACUACUAUGUUAACAUUUGGAAGAUUAUAUUAUUAUUCUCUUAUAAGAUAGGUAUGUAUGAUUGCUAUUAGGUAAGAAAUUGGUAAGAUUUACAUUCUAGAAAUAGAUUUUACCACUUUCUUUGACAAAAUGUUGAAACAGUAACAGGUGAUUUUUAAACACUUAAUUUGAUUUCUAAGUGGAUAAAAACAAGUAAAUUUCUGUUAACAUUUGUAUGUUAAA